CGUGCAAGGUUUCUCAUCCCUUACAAAAACAAAAACAAAUAUAAGAAUUCCAAGCUCGUCAAACAUAAUAUGAAAGUUGCUAACUUCAUUUUAGCUCUUGGUGUCUUGGCUUUGGCUUCCUCAUUUGCCAUUGCCUACGAUCCUAGCCCUCUCCAGGACUUUUGUGUGGCAACCGAUGAUGCUAACUCUGGUGUAUUCGUGAAUGGAAAAUUUUGCAAGGAUCCAGAGCAUGUGACAGCAGAUGAUUUCUUCUAUUCGGGGCUUAAUGUUGCUAGUGAAACUUCAAAACAGCUGGGAGCACGUACCAAUCUUUUAACGGUGGAUUCUAUUCCUGGACUCAACACUAAUGGUCUAUCCAUAGUUCGUAUUGACUAUGAAGCAAAUGGUGGACUAAACCCACCCCACCAUCACCCUCGAGCUUCUGAGAUCUUAACUGUCUUGGAAGGAACUCUAUAUGCGGGUUUUAUCUCUUCCAAUCCUGAUCAUCGUGUUUUCAGCAAAGUCUUAAAGGCAGGAGAUGUUUUUGUAUUUCCAUUGGGGCUCAUUCACUUCCAAUUGAAUAUUGGAAAAACUCCUGCAGUUGCCAUAGCUGCAUUAAACAGUCAAAAUCCAGGAGUUGUGACGACAGCAAAUACUGUUUUUGGAGCCAGCCCAUCCCUUGUUCCUGAUGUUCUAACAAGAGCAUUCCAUCUUGACAAGGAUCUGGUGACCAAACUUCAGAAACAAGAAUGGGUGAAUCCAUCAGAGCUCGACAGCUAUUCAAACAGCUACUAAUUCUCAUUUAGUUCAUUUGACUAUAAAUUGCAAUAAAUAAAUAAAUAAUCAGAAGAUUCAAGUUAUUUGUAUGUAUCUCCAAUGUAUUGUAUCAUAAUAAGGUGAGAUGCUUAUUGCCUCUCUCAAUGAGUUUAUUUUACGUGCUA